CGAAACGAAUUUGGAAUAUUCAGACCUCGGUGGGGGAGGGACCUGCCAUCGCAUCUUUUCUGUCUUGGCAGCAGCUGUGCUCCCCGAAGUGGUAAGGAAUGGGGUGACGCGCUCAUUUUUCGCUGGUUUAUUCAGAUACUUGCAGAGCGUGUGUUCUCGUUCUCGGGCUGCUUCGAGUGAGCGUUCCGGGUGGAGAGGCUGCUGCUGAAACAGAUCGAAUAAAAUUCGUUUUUGAACUUUUCUCGAUAAGACUGAGAAAUUAAGUAACAGUAGCCAUCAAGAAGAAAAAUGUCGGUGACACUGCAUACAGAUGUAGGUGAUAUUAAAAUAGAAAUCUUCUGCGAGAGGACACCCAAAGCAUGUGAAAAUUUCUUGGCUCUUUGUGCCAGUAAUUACUACAAUGGCUGUAUAUUUCAUAGAAAUAUCAAGGGUUUCAUGGUUCAAACAGGAGACCCCUCAGGUACCGGAAGAGGAGGUAACAGUAUCUGGGGCAAGAAAUUUGAGGAUGAAUACAGUGAAUAUCUUAAGCACAACGUUAGAGGUGUUGUAUCCAUGGCUAAUAAUGGCCCAAAUACCAAUGGAUCGUUUUUCAUCACCUAUGGCAAGCAGCCACAUUUGGACAUGAAAUACACAGUAUUUGGAAAGGUGAUAGAUGGUCUGGAGACUCUAGAUGAAUUGGAGAAGUUACCAGUAAAUGAGAAGACAUACCGACCUCUUAAUGAUGUACACAUUAAGGAUAUAACUAUUCAUGCCAACCCAUUUGCUCAAUAGUUAUAAUAGGCAUGGACAAAUAAAUACUUGGCAGACUAUUUGAGGAACACACCUAUUGCGGUUUACCCAGCUUGAAUUAUGUCAGAGAUUGUAUCAUCCUGCUUGUUUACAACUAAGAUCUUCUGAGUCCGUGGUACUAAGGGGAACCAAAUAACUUUUAUGAUUGAGCAUAUAUUCUUUACUAUAACUAUAUCCAAUGUAUUUAAGUUUAAUUUUUUAAAAAAAAUGUUUACCUUUUGUUACAUAAAAACAAUCAUUUUUAAAUGCUGAGUUUCAAAUCAGUCAUUUUUGAGCAGCCUAAUUAUAAACUUCUACUAUAUCUAGUCCACAUCGUGGAAGUAUUAUUUUCCAUUAAUUGUUCACUUUGUGAGGUUACAAAGAAGAAAGACAAGAUGAAGAGGUAUAUAGAAAGGCCAGCCAAUACAUCUGCUAUUUUCUUUUGUCUUUAGAUUUAUAAUAGGGGCUCAGAGAUAUCCGAGAGUCCAGUAAACACUCAAAAUUUCCCAACCGAUUUGCCCAUGGAACAUUUUUUAAAAACAUAUCUUUUAAAAUAUGGCAGGAUAAAGUUCGACAGAUGAUCCAUUUGAAAAAUGCAAUUAGUUGGUUAAGAACACCAGUUGUAGAGUCCCGUCUGUGUUUGAAUCACAGCUCUGUUCCCUGCUAGUAACUUUAGGCAAAUUAACUUACCAAGCUUUAGUUUUCUCAUUCAUAAAUAAUAUUCCCUCAUAGACUAUGGUGAGGAUGAAAAGAAAUUAUGUUUGUAAAGCUUCUGGCAUGUCAUGUUCUGUAUUAAGUAAUGGAAGCUGUUCUCCUGUUUAUCUCCACUAGAGCACUCUUACCUAACCAGGUCAUUUAUCAGACUCUGCUGUUGAUUUUAUCAAGAAUGUUUUCCACUUCCUUGAUUAGAUUUUGGGUAUUCCUAAAACUAAGCAUUUUUUGGUUUGUAUUAUUUUUGCAGAUGGCUGAUGAAAUGUUUUGGUUCUUUCUUAAUUACAGUUUGGGAGUUAAGCUUG